UCGUGAGAUAAACAGAUUUCCUGUCUUUUGUCUUGUUUCUUCUUUGUUUGUUCUUAUUCCAUUCUAUAUAUCUUACUGUCUUUUUCCUAUUUUCGUGCUGUGGAAUAGAUCAAUCCGAAAUAACAGCGAGCACUACAAGGCACUCAUUCAAUUAGUAAUCGACUAAAUGCCGACGCCUCGGCGAAACCGCAAAACACCGGAGUUCCAUCUCAUCGACGUUGAAUAAAGAAGACGCUUCCCGAUAUUCACCCCAGACUCACCUUCUCCUCGGACUUGCUCUUCCCGGUCUUCUGUCUCUUUAUUCUUCUUCUUCUUCUUCUUCUGAUUCUUCCUCUACACAUCAUCUACCGCACCAUUCACCGCAUCAUCUACCGCAUCAGCUGCUGAACAAGCUGAUACGCACACCUCCAUGCACAUGCAGCACUACCCCGACCAGCAUCGCCCUGGACUGGGAAACGUUGCCAUGCCGACCUCUGCUCUCCGCUCCGAGCCCCGCGCCGUCUCGAAACCCUCCCCGGCCUCCUCCUCCGCCGCCUUGCUCCCUCCCGACACCGCCGCCCAAUCUCCGAGCUCGUCCCCGUCGCCCGCUGACGAUGUCAGCGACCUCAACGGCGACGACCCUUCGCCCACAAUAACCCGCUCCCACACCCCCUCCGCCGACUCGGCCUCCCAGCAGCACCAUCAGCAGCAACACCAACAACAACAACAACAGCAGCAGCACCGCAAACCCGCAGACUCAAUCAGCCCGCCGCAGACCACCACCGCCAGCCAGCGCGCGUGCACCCAAUGCCAGCGACACAAGAUCAAGUGCGUGUCCGACGGCUCGGGCGCCUGCGUGCGCUGCGCAAAGAAGGGCUUCAUCUGCCACAUCGCGCCCCGCAAAAAGCGCGUGUCCAAGAAAUUCCGCGUCGAAGAACAUUUUGAGCCGACGUCGUCGUCGUCGUCGAGCACGGCGGCCGCAAACUCGACAGCCAUCCAGGCCUCGUCGUCGACCUCUGCCGCUGUCUCAUCCUCGUCUGGCGCACAAAACAGACACGAUAGAACACUGCACGAGUCGCAGAUCCUGGGCGCGAAGCGCGAGCUCUCGGACGCUGACGAAAAUCAGGCCAGCGAUCGUCAGCGCCUGCGCAUGUCGGCGACCCCCGCCGGCCGCGACGAUCACGGUGGCAUGAGCGCGCUGGCGGUCGCCGCUGCUUCGAGCUCCAACUCGGCGCUCGUCAACGGUGGCUCGACAGCUUCUGCGUUUCGGUCAAAUACUGCCGCCGCCGGGAGCAGUAGCAACGACAUGAGCUCGAGCACUAGUAAUCGACCCGAAUGGCUCUCUGCCGAUGCGGUGCGCAACCCAGCACCAGUCUCGACUGCAAUCCACGUGCCCGAGGCAAUGAUGCAGGCCACCAUCUCGCCCUGCGAGCAGUACUCGGUCUACCUCUCGCUCUCGUUCGUCUGCCCAGACCUCUUCCGGAGCAUGAUCGACCUCGAAAACAACCACCACUCGCUCUCCGUCACGACCGCAAACUCGCGCCCGCUCUUCCGCUCGCUGUGCGAGUCCCCCGGCCGCUCCGUCUACGCGCUCUCGUUCGCAAACGACGAGGCCGCGGCGUCAAAGUAUAGCUCGGUCUCGGUCCCGCCCGACGAUCUGCAGCUGAUCGAGUGGCGCGCGCAGUACUCCGAGUCCCUGCUCAACAUCUACUUUGAGGACAUGAACUCGGUGCAGCCGGUCGUCUACCGCCAGCACUUCAUGGCCGCCUACGCCGACGGCAAGGAAUCGCCCAUGCUGCUGCUCGCCAUCAUGGCCGCGGCCGCAAUCUACAGUCCCAACCUGAGUCUCGAGGACGCGCGCGCGCUGCAGUCAAAGAUGGUGCACCACCUGCUUGCGCGGUACUCGUACAAGCUCCUGCUGCCGUCGAUCGACUCGAUCCAGGCGUUCUCAAUCAUCGCUGACGCGGCGACCGACCGGGGCAUUCUCAUGCCGCACGCCGCCAUCGUCGCGGGGGCGAUCGAGCUGCGGCUGCACAUCGACUGCUCGGACUGGGAUAUCCCGAACUGGGAGUGCGCGCUGCGGAAAAGCAUCUGGGCGACGAUCGUCGUGCGCGACGCGUGGACGACGAUGCGGUUCAACGGCAUCCCGCAGGUGUUGUCGGAGUACUACAACAUCCCGCUGCCGACCGUGGCGGAGCUGAUUCCGCUCGUGACGAGCAACGCCGCGAAUUACGCGAGUCCGCAGGAACGCGCAAAGGUCGCGAACGAGCUCAAGGCGUUUAUCAAGACGGUCGAGAUCAGCUCUGUGCUGCUCGAAGUCAAUCGGACGCUGUACCAGGCGAGCGGCAUCCAGCUGCGCAAGCAGACCGAUGCGUCGGCGUCGUUUUAUCUUGCCGAGACGCUCGAUUCAAAGUUGCAGCAGAUCGCGAGCGAUUGGACGCGCGAGCAGUCUUCUUCCGCGCAGCAGCAGCAGCAGCAGCAGCAGCAGCAGCAGCAGCCGUAUCAACAGCAUCAGCAGCAGCAGCAGUCUACAUCCUACGGCAGUUCCGACAACACCGAAGCCAACCUCUUCCGCAACGUGCUGCUCGAGUUCACCCGGUCGAUGAUAUACUCGCCGUUCCUCCCGCACAAGCACAAGGCGUUCAAAGUCGACCGCUUCAUGCUAAACUUCAGCACGCGCUUUCUCGAGUCCGUCCAGGCGUUCACGGACGCGCUCGCGACGCUCAAGACGGUGAAGAAGUCCGGAUUUCUGCCGCCGUGGGUCAGCCAUGCGAUCGUGAUGGACAUGUUUUUGCUGUAUGACGCGUGCAUUGCCGCGAUGGCAAAGUACUUCCGCGCCAGGCAGGCGGCCGCGAAGUCGUCGUCGGACGCGCAGCCGGGAAGUACGAGUCCGGUCGCGAGCCGGAGCAGCGGUGGUGGGUCUAGUAGUAACGGCAGCGGUCGAGCCGGCUUCGGAAGUGCGAACGGCGGGGCAGGCGCAGGAGGCGCGCCGCGGAGACAGGACGGGGAAAGGCGACGGCAGUUGAUAAUCGAGGCGUUAAGCCAGGACCACUUCACGAGCCAGAUCCUGCAGAGCGCGUCGGACUUGAUGCGGGUGAUGGGGGAGUUUGCGGCGAUCUGGGAGCAGUCGCGGGAUAUCUACAAGAUGAUGCUCAAGACGACGCGGUCGCUUGGGCUCGGGGAUAUUAUCGACGCGCCGGGGAUGGCGUGGUUUAAUGGCGUUGCGCAGCAGGCGCAGAUGCAGCAGCAGAGUGGACGGUCGCAGGCGGCGCGGAUGGAGCAGGAAGCGCAGGUUAGUCGGCAGGAGGAGAUACAGCAGGAGCACGAGCAGCAGCAGCAACAACAUCAACAGCAGCAGCAACAACAGCAGCAGCAGCAACAGCAACAAGAACAGCAACAGCAGCAACAACUACACUCCCUCCACAUCCAAGACAUCCUCACACAGCGACAAAAUCUGCUUGGCCUCCCUGCCGUACGACAACCAAAAGGCCUGCAACUCUCCUCCGGGUUCACAGAUCCCACGACCGCACAACCCCCAUCCGUCGCGCAACUCGCGCAGCAACAACAAGAGCAAGCGCCAGCCGAGCAAGACCAACAGCUCGCGCCGCCGCCUCCGCAGAUGCAGCAGCAGCCUUUACCUCCCGUCUUCCAGCUCGCGAACGUGGGCCCGUACCAUGCCGCCGCGCCGCCGAUGCUGAACGAGCCGGAGAAGAGCAAUAUGUCUGUUGUGCCGAACGGGAUGAUGGCGCCGUACGGGGUCGUGAGCGAUGCGGGCGCGGGCACGGGCACGGGCGAGAACGGGGGCGCGAUGCCGCAGCCGUUUGAGGAUUUCUUUAGUAACCUAAGCGGGCAUUUCUUUGAGGGGUUUGGAGAAUUUGGUCAUGGUGAUUUUAUAUUGUGAGAUGGGAUGAGUGCUUAGACUGUAAUUAUGAUGAUAUGGGUCAGCGAGGCGCUAUGUGAUUUGCUUUGCUAUGAGUUUUGUAUACAAGGAUACAUGAGUGAAUGUGAAGAGAGUGUAUGUAUAUGAAGAAUAGUAUAUGUAUAUGAAGAAUAGUAUAUAGAAACAUUUGUAAUAUAUGACAUACAGUGACAACUUUAGCUCCUGCUCAGACCAGCUAAGCUCUGAUGUUUCAUUUCAUUCAAUCGAGCCAGGGGUUUGAACGUGACGGCGGCGUAUACGCAGACGCCGGCUUAGUGUGUCUGCAAGCGGAAGGCGUGUGAGCUGGCCGGUGCACGUUGUCACUUGACGCUUGCUAAUCGGGGAUACGGUGGUGAGUGAGAUC